CAGGCUGCUCGCUCUGUUGGCCGCGGUCUCCACGGCAGCACCUGCCACGCGGGUGGGGCGGGGCUGUAGCGGCUCGGCAGGAUGCGGUCUGCAGGGGUCGCGGUCGCCGAGGAGCCCUGGGCAGGUGACAGGCCGUUGCCUCCUGAACGAGGGUAAUGCCUUUGUAAACCACAACUUUAAAUAUUCAAGCCAACUGCUCCUAUCAUCAAGAAUAUCUGUGUUCAUAUUCACAUUGGUAUGUUUCCAAGAUGAGUCAUAGUAAAUUAAUUCCCAAGCUCUCAAUUCAAUCUCCUGUUCAUCAUACCAACUUAAAGAUCCGGUCCACAGAGCCACCUUUUCAGAAGGGCUUACAUCUGAUUUCAAAAGACUCCUUGGAAUCUGAUUCGGGAAGCUUCACUCAAGAGACUAAGUCCCAGCUUGAAGACCAAAUCCGGGACAACAAUAUGGAACCGGACAGCUUAGAGGAGGAAAGUCUGAGUGAGACGGAAGAGGAGGCAAGCAGAAAAGUAGCGCGGAAGAAUGGCAGAGAAAACCUCCACCCCCGGAGCAAUGGCAUGGACAACAGCCAACAACCAGUAGAAGACAAAUAUUCAGACCUCCGAUAUGACCCAAACUGGAAGAGCAAGAAAGAGGAGAGGAAGUUGUUGACUAUGGACACAUUGCCAGAGUCUGUAGACAGCUCUUCCGAAAAUCUGAUUCCGGAUCCCCUGUACCCUUCCAAGGAGACGUCGAUGGAACUCUCCGAGGAGAAAGGUGAACCCAAGAGUAGCCCCCAGAGUGUUGCCUCCUUACUCGGCAGUGAAUUUUUAAGCCCAAACUAUGAUCGGGGCGCCCACCGCAGCCAGCCAUUUUCAGAGCUGAGCGACAGUGACCUGGCGGAAAAAUCCAGCAACCUCUCUCGUUACUUGAAGAGUUCAAGUUCACAUCAUGAGGUUUUCCUGCCAGGAUCACGUGGCCGUCGGCAAAGGAAGUCCAAACAAUAUUUCGUGGAAAAAAACAAGCUGACUUUGGGAUUACCUACUCCUAAAACAGAUUCUUAUCUUCAACUUCACAAUAAAAAAAGGGGGGACAAUCUCCCGGAACAGAUCUCCUACCCCAUCAAUGUAACUGACAAGAUGUCCAUUCAGAACGCCAAAGAGAGCGAAAAUGCUGCCAUCAAUCCUGAAGACCAACGGCAUCAAAGAGCCCAACAGCUAAAGGAUUACCAGGAACAACUGUCUCAAAAUGAAAGUGCAAAAUCAAACAGCGUGCCGAGAGGUCCAUCUUCUGAAACAACCAAUGGCCAGCAACCUUCCAGAAAACCAGUCCGGCACAAGAUUCGAAACCAGCAUAAACGUCAGCAUGGCCUGAAGCCUCUGGUGACUGAAGAGCUGGCUGUCAGUCACAGAAACCCGCAUAGUACUCCCAGACAGAAACACAACCAGAAUCAGCCUGCUGAUACUUCAGUAAAGCACGAAACAAUCAGAAUUAUGAAUGCGCCUAACAAUGAUUUACAACACUCAGGCGCACUUAGGAGCCAGGAGCCUGAAGCAACCUCCAAUAAAUUUGCUGCACCACAGCAGGCUUUUGACAAGGUGUUAUACAAAAACUCUACUGGAAAUCACUUGGUGAAUGUCAAGAAAGAAAGAGGACACAGAGGCCGAGAAGAGAAAAGACCGUCACAUCAGCAGCUACACCUCAACACCCUUUCCAAUAUGGACUUGAACUUCCUUAAUGAGCUUACUGAAAGACCAGUGGCACUGAGCCAGAAAGGCUCCCAGUCUGCUAGUAACAAAAAUGUUAAUGGAUCGAGGGAAAAUAAGAAGCAAUCCAAGCAGAUCUACACAGAGACAAAAUACAAGAACUUAGAAAUAUUAUGGAAAUUCUACCCUUCCUCGGACAGCCAGCCUGUUAGAGCUUCUCCAGACUCCCAGCUCACCCAGAUAAUGGAGCAGCACCAGCAAGCCUUAAUACAGCUGACCGACGUGCAGCCCAAGGAAGGGGUCCCAUCCAACGUCACAUUUCCACCUCUGUUGUCAAGGGUCGAAAGUGAAUCCCAGCUCAGUUCAGAGAGAAGCCAAAGAAACCAAAAGGAAAUGAGUCGUAGCAAUUCUGAAGGCUAUCUGCUCCAACUGGAAAAAGGAAGAAAGCAUAGGAAAAGGAGCGGCUUCAAGAGCUCCAAGCUGAAAGAUUAUCAGAAAAGAGACGGGAAGCUUGGAGGCCUUGGACCUGACCUUGAGUCUAUCAGAGACAAAAUGCAGAAAUUAAUCCAAAAAAAGGAAUAUGCAAAGCAAGUUAAGGAGUAUAACAUGAAGACAUUAUCCAUUCUGUCAAAACCACAAACAGCGAAAACUGAACGUCAGUCAGCCAUCCCUCGGCAGAAGGCUCUGGAAUACGCCAAGACCAUCCCCAAACCCAAACCUUCAAACCUGACGGACCACGUAUCCAAAGAAAAGAAAAAUCCCACGUACACUCGAAAAGACGACACUCUGCCUGAAAUCUCACUGCUUGAGAGACUGCAGAACAGACAUGAGAGGGAAAAACAGGCUGUGGCGGCUUUCAAAGUUCUUCACAUUGUAUAGACAACGCAUUUGUCGGAGACCAAAAAUGCCCGGGGACUGGACUUGGAGAAAAAAACUCCAACCACCUCUCUGUGUAGAGAGUGGAUCCUCUGUCCUCCAGCGCAGUCCACGUUUGCUUUGUACAGGAUUUAAAAUAUGAGGCCUUAUUAACUUUACAGAGCUGUGUUUUACUUUCUAGAAAGGUUAUCUUAUUAUUUAUUUUCAAAUCAGAAUUUUGGGUAGAAUAAGAACUAGGGAACAAAGCUUUUUUAGUUUCACAGCGGAUCUUUUAAUUUCUCAAAAUAUCUCUACCCUUCCUUGUAAAAUGAAACCUUGAAGUGACCCAGCAAAAAAUGUAUCUAACUUCUGCUUCUCUCUUAACUGCCCGAUAAGGAAAAAGUAUAGAAACACUUCAGUUUUGAAUAAAAUGAAUGUAAAUUGGACUAACUGCUAGAACAUUUGGAGAUAGUUUCCCAAAUAGUUCUAAAGUUUCUAAAUUAAAAAAACAAAAACAAAAUAAAAUACCCCAAUGUCCUAACAGAGCAUCGUGACAUAUAUUAGAAAUCCAACAAGUCCAGAAACAUCCAUUCCGACAACUCUGAGCAAUAUAUUUUCCCAAAGUUACUUGCUCCAAGUGUGUGAAUGUGCCAGGCAUCUUGCCAUCAAAACAUCUUAAAAUGUUACCACAUCUGUGCUUACACGCUUACGCACACACACACACACACACGUAAAUACGUUAGGUAAGAGGAGAAAGCAUUCCACAUUUUACUGCUGAGUGUCACUAUUAAUAAAUAUUAUCUACUUUUGUCUUUUGAAACUGAAUAAACAUUAUCAGGUGUAACAAUUAAAAUUAUCAGGUCUUAAAAUAAAUAUGGAAAAAAUUAAUUUUUUCUUA